AUGCUUGUCUACAAGGAUGCUAUCACUGGCGACGAGAUUCUCUCGGACGCUUACAAUAUCAAACUGGUAGAUGAUGUCGCCUACGAGGUCGACUGCGCUAUGGUUCAAGCAGGAGGCGAAGUCCAAGUCGACAUUGGUGCCAAUCCUUCCGCCGAGGAGGCCGAGGAAGGCACCGAAGACCAGGCCAGAAUGGUCAUCAAUGUCGUCGAAUACCAGCAACUUGUAAAAGCACCUGGUUUCGCGGACCACAAGCAAUACAUGGGGUACCUCAAGAGAUACCUGAAGGCUCUCAAGACGAAGUUCCAGGAGGCUGGAAAACCCGAAGAGGAAAUCAAGGCCUUCGAGCAGCGGGCGGUGACAUUCUCCAGGAAGAUCAAGGAGAACUGGAAUAACUGGGACUUCUACACGGGCGCGUCGAUGAACCCCGACGGAAUGAUCAUUCUCCUCGACUACCGUGAAGACGGCGUGACGCCCUAUAUGGUCUACUGGAAGGAUGGUCUGGUUGAGGAGAAGUACUAA